AUGGCCGGGAGCAGUGAGAAGGAGCCAGACUCCGGGCGAGGCGUCGUGCUUAUGGAUAAUUGGCCGGGAUAUGACUUGGAUUUAUUCACAUAUCCACAGCACUAUUAUGGCGAUCUGGAGUGUGUGCUCAUCCCUCAUGGCAUCAUAGUGGACAGAAUUGAGCGGCUGGCUAAAGAUAUAAUGAAAGACAUAGGCUACCAUGAUAUUCUGGUCCUGUGUGUGCUGAAAGGAGGUUACAAAUUCUGUGCUGAUCUUGUAGAACACCUUAAGAACAUCAGCAGAAAUUCAGAUCGAUUUGUCUCUAUGAAGGUGGACUUCAUCAGACUAAAAAGUUACAAGAACGACCAGUCCAUGGGUGAGAUGCACAUCAUAGGAGGCGAGGAUCUUUCAACACUGGCUGGAAAGAAUGUCCUCAUUGUUGAGGACGUUGUUGGAACUGGGAGGACCAUGAGAGCACUGCUCAGCAGCAUCGAGAAAUACAAACCCAACAUGGUUAAGGUAGCCAGUUUGUUGGUGAAGAGAACAGCCCGAAGUGACAGCUUCAGACCUGACUAUGCUGGAUUUGAGAUCCCAGAUGUCUUUGUGGUGGGCUAUGCCUUAGACUACAACGAGUACUUCCGAGACCUAAAUCACAUAUGUGUGAUCAAUGAACAUGGGAAAGAAAAAUACCGAAUAUGAUGAAGCAAAAAUCCUCUUUCUCAGAUAACAUGAUUCUUCUGCUCAGGAAGCCAGAGUGUAAAGUCCGUCUCCGUAGCUGUCUUCACUCGGCCGGGUAUAAAAGAUUUUUUUAAAAUGGGCUCUUUUUUCCCCCAACCCCCAGAGAUUAUAAUGUAAACACCGAAGGUUCUUCAGGAAGAGAAGACUAUGCCUGCCUUUGACUCAUUCCAAAUUAAACUUCUGAUCCCCCAAAUCCCUCCCACCGUCCUGCUCCCGAAUACACCUUCUGCUUUGGUAUGUCAUCAUGCUCAAUGGCUCUUCCCAGGGAUACUCCCACCCAAGGACUCAAAUAUUGUUCACUUAACUCCUUUAGUGCUAGACUUUUUAUUAUAUAGAACAUUUUACAGUAAUCAGAACCUACAGUCCCUUAGCUUUAGCCCUGAGCCUGUAUAGUUAAGAACAUAGCUAAGUUCCCUUGCUAAUCCAGGAGCGAAAGGACAGCCUCACGUGAGCGUCUGUCUGUUUGCCCUCUCCUGACAGGCCGUUAUUAACUGCUUUGACAAAGCCUUUCAGAAGUGCGGGUACAAUGGACCUUAAUGAUGUUAUGAAAUGAGCCUUCACUGUGCGCUCUGGAGCUUCGCUUCCUGUGUGUGAUGACAGCAUGUCGUAUGUGCAUGGAUGUACUCAACUGUGUUUAAUACUCUGCAUUUUAAUUAGAAAAAACACAAUGGCAGCAUGGCCCGCCCUCCUGAGCGGAAUCCUUUUAUCCACGUGGGACGUGGGCAAAUGGUGGGAUUGAGAGGCAGAGGCUGUUUUCAAAAAAUCAGCACUAAGCAAGUGUAAAUUUUUCCUCUUAUUUGCAUGGAAGAAUAAGAGAGUUAAAUAUUGUCCUAAACAUGAGCAGAAGUUGAAUUAUUUAGCUAAAUGUCCUUACAUGACUUCUCACACAAUCCAGGGUGCCAGAGGAAGCAUUCACACAUACAGAAGUUUUUGUCCAUAACACCACACACACACACACACACACACACACACACACACACACACACCUAUUAGCACCAUCAUAUGUGACAUUUCCUAAUUUGUAGGGAUUUUAAUUAAAAAUAAGCUCAAGAGUCCACAGUGUUGGGUAUCUUGCCUCCUAAAAGGAGCAAAUGCAAGAUAAAUAACUAAACAGCCUUUGUUUGAUUCGGAACCGUCUGUGGCGUAUUGCUAUAUUGUAGAGUCCUUUAAA